CCCUGCCCGGCGACGGCAGCGAAAGCAGCAUCGCCGGAGGAACGGCGACGGCGGCACCGCUUCCUCCACCUUCUCGGGUGCCCAGAAAGGCCGCACUUGGCAGCGUCCAUGCGGGCCCGUGUUGGGGGCGGCAGCUAACAUAGGGCAGAACGCAUUGAGAAGAGUGAGGAAACUUUCCACCGCACCAGGAAGGUGACUCUGGAUGAUAAAAGAACCAAAUGCGAUGGCUGUUCCGGAAGAUUCUGUUGGACCGCAACGUUACCGAGACUAGAGGCCUUUGGGUUACUCGCGCAAAUGUCCUCCUAACCCUCACGGCGAAAUCGUGUCCCCGGCCUCCUUUUUUUGACACGGCUGCGCGGGCCGGGGAGCAAUGACUGGGAAAAUGGCGUCUAGCCUUACUUGUACUGGGGUAGUAUGGGCUUUUUUCUCCUUCCUCUGUGCCGGGGUCUCCUGCGUGGGCUUCUUCAUGCCUUACUGGCUGCUGGGCUCUCAGCUGGAGAAAUCGGUGUCCUUUGGCACUUUCCGGAGGUGCUCCUAUCCAGUACGAGACGAGAACCUCCAGAUGACGGUGAUGGUGGAACAGUGUGGACGCUAUGCAUCCUUCCAGGCCAUCCCAAGCGUGGAGUGGAGGAUCUGCACGGUGGUGACGGGUCUGGGCUGCGGUCUCCUCCUCCUGGUGGCCCUUACGGCACUCAUGGGAUGCUGCGUGUCAGAGCUUAUCUCCAGGACUGUGGGCAGGGUGGCUGGAGGACUCCAGUUCUUAGGUGGCUUGUUAAUUGGUUCUGGCUGUGCUCUUUAUCCUCUGGGCUGGGACAGUGAAGAAGUCCAGCAGACCUGUGGUUACCUUUCCAACCAGUUUGAGCUGGGCACCUGUGAAAUUGGCUGGGCUUACUAUUGCACAGGAGGAGGAGCCGCUGCUGCGAUGUUGAUCUGCACUUGGUUGGCUUGCUUCUCUGGCAAGAAGCAGAAACAGUACCCUUACUGAGACCAGAAAGAUGCAGCACAAAGAGAACCAGUUGAGGGAUUUGGAGUGGGGGGGGGAGAGAGAGAGAGGAAAAUAAAUGUGCAUGUAAGCCUUUCUUGGAAAGGUGCGUUGUUCUUCACUGUAGCCAGAUCAAUACAAACAAGAGUCAGUGAGGUUUGACACUGAAUGAACAGUGGGGUUCUCUGUAACUUAGGGGUAUAAACCAGGAAUUUCAUGGAGCGUAUGCUCUUAACCACUUUAUUCCUAGCCUAUUGUGGUGUAGUAGAAAAUGCAGGAAGCAUUCACUUUCUUGUGUGUAGGGAGGAGGAAAUUAAGGGUUUUUAAGCAGUGCUUCAGUUGAAAGGGUUGAAAAAACUACAUGCUGGAAGACAAGGAUGUAGCCUUAUAAAAUAUUAUUUAACAUGACAGGGGAUUGGACAUAAAGGGGGCAUUUCUUCACGGUUUUUCUGACGUGAUUUCUCUGACGUGAUCAGCCACGUCGGCUCACAGCUACAGCACCUGCCUUGUGUGUGUGUGUGUGGAUGGCAUCUAUUUUGAGGCCUUAAAAGUAUUAGCCAAUCUGAUGCGGAGUUUUAAUUUUGUGAACUUAACUAUGAAACUUGUUACGUGACUCCUGUAAAGCACAUCUGCCUACUUUUGCACAGACACUUUUUCCUUCACACGGCACCUAACUGCAGAUUAUGUGGAGAUAUUUUUUUUACAAUGUACCAGGCUCCAGCCAAUUGGACUCGUUUGCCUGUCUGCAUACCAUUAAGCAGUUUGUAGUAGUAGCUCACUGCGGAAGGCUCUGAUACUCAGGCAAAGCGGCCAAGGGGUUUUCUUUGUUAUU